AUGGCUGCCACAGCCUCAGGUCACACCAUUUUCUGCCAGCUGAAGACUCCCGAGCAAACAUACCUCGUAUCCCACGCGAUACGAGCGCCUACGUACGAUGGGCCACAGGCCAACGUCAACGACAACAACCUAGUCUGCAACAGCGCCCCGGAUCCGACCACGCCAUCAAGCAAGGUCGUUGACGUGAAGGCCGGCGAUACCGUCGAAUGGGGCACCGACACCGUUGGCAAUCAGGCGAUCCGGGCCCCGGAGUGCGUUCGAGGACGGGGCGGUACCUUUUGCGCGCGGCGGGGGGUGGGUGUCGUUCUCGUUCUCGUUCUCGUUCUCGUUCUCGUUCACACGUACAGAUAA